AUGGUAAUUGGUAGCGACCUGCUCCCCAAAAUACUCGUUCCAGGUCUCAAAACCAAAGUUGGUGGAAGCUUAGUAGCCCAAAAUUCCAUCUUUGGGUGGAUAUUAAGUGGCGCCGUUGCGGAACAAAUCUCAACAUUUUCCACCCAGGUAGUUGAAGGCUCAGCAGAUUCCCUAGGAGAUCUACUCAAAAGGUUUUGGGAACAAGAGGAGGUUCCAUCGGCUCCCACUCACACAUACGAUGAUGAAUUUUGUGAGGAGCUCUACAAAAAUACUACCUAUCGGAGAGAAGACGGCCGAUACGUAGUAAAACUCCCAUUCAAGUCAGCAUUUCCCGACUCAACCGCACUAGGGCACUCCAGACCCGCAGCUCAGCAGCAAUACCUCAGCAUUGAACGGAGCAUCGAGAAGAAAGCGGAACUCCAAACCACAUAUUCAAAGGUCCUCGAAGAAUAGUUAACUCUAGACCACAUGGAGCCCACAAAGUCACGCGAAAUC